UCACGUGUAUGCUAUACACACGCGCAUGUACGAUGAUUUGACAAAAGAAGGAGAGUAAAGCAGCGACGGUCUCUUUCUCUCUCGCUUGAAACCGGUGAACCUAAAUUUCUCUCGUCGCGAAGAACGAGGUCGACUCGCCGCAUCCGCCAGAGAGCCUCGCGGAGGAGAGCAGUCAGGUCCCGAUCAUGAGCGCGCUUUGACUCGAGUGUGUUGUAGCAUCCCCGAAUGCCUUUAUCGAGAUUCGCUUUGCUCUGUACACCUCCACCAAAAAUGCGGCUCUUCGCACCGACUCUCUUGCUACUCGUAGCGAUCCUCGCGAUCCUUACCGACCCAACCCUCGCCAAAAAGCUCAAGAAAAAAGCGCAGAAGCCAACCCCCAAACCAGUGGCGACAUCCUCUACACCGGCACCUCAGAUGACGAUGGCCAUGAGAGACUUGUCCCAACUGAAAGAUCUGCAAGCUGCACUGCGUCAAGUACCCCCUGCAGCUGCUGGUGUGGGCAACGUCACAACGACGGGGACGACUUCCGUGAGCGCGACGAAACAGGGACCGUGUACUUGCGGUCAGGGCGUCUGUUCCUGUUGCUCGAAAAUUUUGAUGAAUUUUUGGAAACAAAGGGCUUGCGUCAACGUCACCUACGAUCCCGACGAGUUUGCCUUCACCGCGAAACUCAGCAUGAACGAGCAGCUGCUUUUUACGAGGACUGUUUCGGGUAAAAAUCCCAGACCGGUCUGCGUCCCAGUGCCAAGGCUUCAGGUAGUCCGAGCUUGCAUUCGGUUUUACAACAUCCACUUCAUCGGAAGGAACGUCCACGCCUGCGUCAAUAUGGAAGGGAAAUUCCAGGAGACUACGCUGUUUAAGGUGGGCAUGGAUUGUCUGAGAUUAGGCCAGAACGGAGUGGCUCUGGUGAAGCCCGAGGACGGCGGUGGUAUAGGCCAAGUCGAAUUUCUCCCGGAAGAUCCUGACGGCGGUGAAAGCGGCGAGGAUUACGACGGUUACGACGAGUACGACGACGACGACGGAGAUGACGAGGAUCUCUUUGAUUAUUAAGACAGUGUUUGUGAUGUCAAUUCAGUUUAUUAUUUAUUCAAACAAGAAUGAUAUAUGAGUUAUGAAUGUAAUUUAUUUAUUUUUCUAUCUCGUUUUAUACAAACUGUUUAGUAUUUACUAUUUAUGUUAGCUACUAAGAACUGUGUAGAUAUGACUUUUUUUGUACAACUCGCUCCAUGACUUGAAUGUAUUUCAAAUAAAAUAAAAAACGCUAUAUAUA